GAGGUUAAGCCAGCCCCUCUCCGCCUGCUUGCAGCCUCCUUCUGUCCAACAACUCCAGUCCGGCUCCAGGCAGCCUGAGUGCGCACAGCAGAACAUGACGCUUUAACUCCUUCCCUCCUCUUGCAUGGGGAUCGAACUUUUUUUUUCCACCAAAAAGUCCAGGAGCGACCCCCCCUCCCUACCCGCUGACCCCGUUGGGCCACUCCCACUCACCCUGCCUCGUCGCCCUUCUCCGGGGUUCCAUGCGUGGGGAGCGCCAUGGCCGCCCCGAGCGCGCAGCAGCAGCAGCAACAGCAUCAGAACCAGGAUUACUUCCGAUCUAUUAGCAGCGAGUCCACCACCUACAUGAUGGUUCCGGCUGGAGGUCCCGGUGGUACAGGGCGCAGGGAAGCGCCCUCCAAGAUGUGGGUGGCUCUGGUGGUGGUCGUGGUCGUGGUGCUGCAGGUCGCCUCCACCACUGGGCUCUUUGUCUACCUGAACAUGUCCAUAUCACAGGUGCGCAGUCAAGGGGUAACAGAGGAGCUCAAGUGCCUGAGUCUACUCAACGCUCUGGACCAGGACAUCCCUGACCAGCUGGCCCAGCUCCUGGGAGAACCCUGCAUCAAGCUAGCCGAGGGCAUCAAAGCCUACAUCUCCAAGGUGACUGAGAACAUCAUCUCCAAACAAACCUUCAUGGUGGCCAGAACCAUGCCUCGCACCUUCAACAACUCGGGGUCAAAGUUCAUGAGCUCACUGGUCCAAAGGCCAUCGGCUCACUUGACCCUCAGAGACACCAGCUCGCAGCUCGGCUACUCUCAGCCAGGGCUCCACCAGUCCUGCCGUCAUGUGGUGCGCUCCUGGGCCAAUCAGAGCUUGGGGGCUCACCUGCACAAUAUGACCUUAACCAACGGGAGGCUGCGAGUGCCCCAGGACGGGCGCUAUUACCUGUACUCACAGGUCUACUUCCGUUACCCAUCCCCCGCCGCCGGGGACGGGGACCAGCGCAGUGUCAGCCACCAGCUGGUGCAGUGCAUCUACAAGAAGACGUCCUACCCGAGCCCGAUUCAGCUUCUGAAGGGGGUGGGCACCAAGUGUUGGGCCCCCGACGCCGAGUACGCCCUCCAUUCCGUCUACCAAGGAGGACUAUUUGAGCUGAGGGCCGGCGACGAACUCUUCGUCUCUGUGUCGUCACCGACGAUGCUGAACGCCGACGAUUCGUCCAGCUACUUCGGUGCCUUCCGAUUGGAUCUCUGAGGGCGAGGACAGUUCCUGUGGAACAAUCCACUAACCGAAACCUGGAGGUUGAGUUUCCAGGUGUGAUUGGAAGGAUUUGUAGUGGGACUCAGCAAGAGGACAAGGAAAAGGACGAUUCCGAUGUUCCUCCUUUGAGCAAACGCAAAUCAGGAGGGGGGCAGACAAGAGGACUGUGCUGCUUUUUUAGUAAUUAUGAAUCUGCUACUUGUUUUCCAAGGGAAUCUUUUCAUUUGGACUCCAGACGGAAGAAUGUACGGACAAUAAAAAGACGACGGACGUUGAAGUAAAGUGGAGCAAAUGAGCGUGCCAUAGGGAUGGUGUACAUAAAAAUGUGACUGAGGAUGAAGGCUGGUGAUUUUAAAAGUUGUUUUUUUUUACUCGGGAUGGACAAAGGCCAUCUCGCUAAGGACUGCGCCGACUUUUUAGUGAGAGCAGCGAGAAAGAGAACGAUGUGUGGGAGAGCAGACUGAGCCAGACACAAGCGAAGGAUAAAAAAAAGACGGUGAAAUGAAAAGAGGCCGAAAACCAGUGAGCAGUUUAGUCUCCUCUUUCUCUUUUUGCUUCACUUUCACAUGUAAACAAACAAUCUGGUCUUUCCUGUGGAACCUGCCAAGCUGCAACUUGCAUUUAAAGCAUGCAAGACGUCUGCAUGGGAACAUUUGCACAUUGCAACGUUUACUUUUUAUACACUAAACACUAAAAAGUUCCAAUUGAACAGCCGACAAGUUUUUUUGAGAAUUUCUAAUAAAGCAAAAAAUGACUUCAAAAUAAACAAUGUGAGGCUUUUAAAGCCAGGCUGUCAAAUCAAUUGUGUAUUCUAUUUAUGCGCAGAUCAACACUCACAAGACAAGCUAGCCUUUGUAUGCAGAGGAGGAGGAUGUGGAAGAGCGCCAGGUACCGGGUACUAUCGGGAAAGUAAUAACGAUGUUGAACGACACGAGGAAGGAGAACUAUCAAGGUGCAAACCCAUGACGUAAGAAGGUAAUCAAAGUCUAUCAGCAGUCACGUCAAAGAACUGUCAGAUGAGAUUGCAGCACUUUGCACGCCAAGCGUUGGGCUGGCAGAAAACGUGGAUGCUUUAAAAAAAACGAUAGUACGAUAAUAUUGCAAAUGAUGUGCUGAGUGGAUGAAAGAUGUGUUGACACGCAACCUACUUGUCUUAUUUAUUGAAUUUUCUAUUCAUUCAUAUUUCAUAUUUUUCAAAUUCUCUCCUUUAGA